AUGCCAAGAGAAAAAUAUCCAAAACCAUUAAUUUUCCCUACACCUUCAUCAACUCUCUACAUGUUCAUGUGGCUUCCAUUUGCAAUUCCAUUAUCAAUUUAUAGAUUACUUCUUGGUAUAAUUGUUUACUACAAAUAUGGACUUGCAUGGGUUUCAUUUAGUGGCAUUUUAAUAAAUCUCAAAGGCUAUAAUAUUAGUAACACUACAAAAAGUGUUACUAAUAAAGGUGUUCUCUAUGUUUGUACACAUAGGACAUUAUUAGAUCCUGUUUUUCUUAGCAUGAGUUUGAGAAAGCCUUUGACUACAGUAACUUAUAGCUUAAGCAAAGUCUUUGAGUUUAUGUCUCCUAUUAAGACAAUGAGUUUGACAAGGGAUAGAAAAAAAGAUAGAGAAACAAUGCAAAGGUUACUUAGUGAAGGUGAUUUGGUUGUUUGUCCUGAAGGAACAACUUGUAGGGAGCCAUAUUUGUUAAGGUUUAGUUCACUUUUUGCUGAACUUGCUGAUGAGAAUGUGCCUGUGGCUAUGAAUGCUAAUGUGAGUUUGUUUUAUGUGCUUGAAAAGGUUCCAAGAGAAUUCACUUGUGCUGGUGGAAAGUGUCCUUAUGAAGUGGCUAAUUAUAUACAAAGAGAGUUGGGUGAGACUUUGGGAUUUGAGUGUACCAAUAUUACAAGGAGGGAUAAGUAUAUGAUGUUAGCUGGGAAUGAAGGUGUUGUUAAAGAAAAGAAGUGA